AUGUCGCUAGCACCGAGUUCGCCUCGGCUACCAAGCCCGCCGCCCGCGGCUGAGAUCCAGAUCGGUCCCAAGUCGCCGUCUGGCGGCCCAGCAGCCAGUCCCCAAACAACACCACAGGAGCAGACACAGCUUGAUGCGAGUUCUAGACGGCGGAUACACCCAGGCACAAAGGCAGCAGACAUGGCUGCCGGGCCUCCUUUGAUACCCUUACAUGAGCUCGACUCUGCCUUCCAGCUCCAAGAACACCUAGCCGCCCUCCACUGCUACCAUACCGCCUCCAACACCCAACCAAUCACUCGCGCAACGGCACUGCAGCUUGCGCAACCCCCAAGCGGCAUCGAUCGAACCAUCUGGCUCUACGAGCUCUGCCGCUUCCUCAUCUCCCAGUGCAACUCUCUUAUCGUCGGCUUCCUCUUCGACACCCCGCCAUGCAGUGCAAACACGUGCCCCGAGAUGCGCGCUUCCGAGUGGCAGUUCCUCUGCGCCGUACACGAGCAGCCCAAGAGCUGCUGCGCCAUUGACUACUGCUGUCAUACCCUCGACUGGGCUGCCAACGUCGUCACCGACCAGAAGAUCUUUCCUAGCCGCUUCGUCGUCCUCAGUGACAAUCAUAGCAAGAACGUCGGCAUAAAGAACCUGGUCAACGUGUUCCGCAGGCUGCACCGCAUAUUCGCCCAUGCAUGGUUCCAGCACCGCGGCGUAUUCUGGUCCGUUGAGGCCCAAACCGGGCUCUAUGUCUUCUUCAAGACGGUUUGCGACCUGUAUGAUCUCUUGCCUGCUGAGAACUACAAGCUACCGCCCGAGGCAGAAGGCUUGGAGACUCCUCAGCUAGAACACGAGAUUGAGAAGCCCACACCUACCAUUCUGAAACCUCCAUCCCAGCAGCGCGGGCCUGGUCCUGAAGACGACAAUAUGCAUCCCAUGAGGACAAACACCCGGCGCCAUAUAAGGAGCAGCCCAUCAACAGGCAGCGCUGUGACAACCGUCAUGGAGGCGGAGGAGGAGGAACCUGACGGAGUUUCACGCAAGCUCCGAGACAUGCACAUCACGGCCCCUUCACCAGUCGAAGAGGAGCCUGAAGUAGCUGAAGUCCCUGUUAUUGUCGAGCAGUCCGCUAUGCCACAGGCCUCGUCUGAAUCCCACGAGCAACCGGCUGAAGAAGAGGACGAGGAGGAUGAUGCCGACCUGACAAUUGUGGAACCGGCCGUGGAGCCACCGGAGCAAGAUGCUGAAAAGGGCACCAAACCUCAAACCACUGAAGCUGAGUCAAGCCCACAACCAGCAGUGCCCGAAGAAAACCAAAAGAAGGACACAUCCCAGGAGUCUUUGACGGAGGAAAACGCUUCCGCGCCAGCGGAGACAGCGGUUGAGGAGCAAGGUUCUGCUUCUCAAGUUGCCCCUGAGUCUACCGGUGACAACCAACAGACACAGCCAGAGACUUCCACAUCUGCUAUCACAGUGUCGGAAAAGGAGACCAAGGAGGAUGAGGCAUGA